GCCCGUGUUCAGCCUCCGCGAACUCUACGCCGGCGGCACGGACACCAGAGGCGUCGUGUCCGUUACGAUGAAGGGGCGUUGGGCAGAGCCCCAGUUUUUCAAUAACGUCGGCUUCUUCAAGCCCUGCGUGCCCGACGUCAACAUCGGGUCGUUCGGCGGAUACACUGACGUGUGCCCCGGUGGGGCUCGGAUAGGGGCCCAGCUGAACUACUCGACGGAGCACCACGCUGUGAUUACCUUCAUCGCCAAACUCCGGCGUACCUUUGUCUACGACGAUGAGAGAGCCUUCGCUGAGAAGUUGUGCACAGCAAAAUCCCUAGCCCCCAGCGUGCCGUUCGGCAUCGCCGUCUACGACAUCGAUUUUGACGACUACGAGGACAGAUGCACCUCCCUGAACAGAAACGGCGCCUUCAGCCGCCUGAAGGCGCUGAGGAAAGUAGUGGACUACUUCAAGAUGGACUCGGCGCCUUUUAACAGGAACGCCUGCACUACUUACGCGAUGACCUAAGGGGCGCCGUCGCCGCGCCCAACUGAUUACGCGACAAGUUCGGUCAAAUAUAACG